AUGGGCACUACCGAGGCUCGGCUGAGCAUGGAGAACAUGGAGGUAAAGGACGAGUGGCAGGAUGAAGACUUCCCAAAACCACUACCGGAGUACGGCGACAUGGACCCCGCAUGCGGCCUCACAGACGACCGAGCCUCCCCCCCACACUCUCUCCACGUCAGCGCCAGCGGUGGCGGCGGGUCCUCCACUCACCGCAAGCGGCGCACGCUGAUCGCCCCGGACAUGAACCUGUCCCUGGACCAGAGCGAGGGCUCCCUGCUGUCGGACGACUUCCUGGACACGCCGGACGACCUGGACAUCAACGUGGACGACCUGGACACCCCCGACGAGAACGACUCGCUGGAGUUCAUCACCAACGGCAACGACCUCGAAUGGGAAGACGAUGCGCCGGUGGCCUCGGCCAAGGCGGCACCCGCGGACGGCUCAGGGGACGUGGACGACGAGGGGGUGGGCGCCAACGGGCGUCUCUGGAGGACGGUGGUCAUCGGGGAGCAGGAGCACCGGAUCGACAUGCAGGUCAUCAGACCCUACCUGCGCGUCAUCACCCACGGAGGUUACUAUGGUGAGGGCUUGAACGCCAUCAUUGUGUUCUCGGCGUGCUACCUGCCAGACAGUAGCUGCUCAGACUACCACUACAUCAUGGAGAACCUCUUUCUGUAUGUGGUGAGCAGUCUGGAGAUGCUCGUGGCUGAAGACUAUCUCAUCAUCUACAUGAACGGAGCUACGCCCCGGGGCAAGAUGCCAGGGAUCAGCUGGCUGAAGAAGUGCUAUCAGAUGAUUGACAGGAGGUUGAGGAAGAACCUCAAGUCUCUGGUCAUCGCCCAUCCCACUUGGUUCAUCCGCACCGUACUGGCCAUCUCCAGACCAUUCAUCAGUGUUAAGUUCAUGAAUAAGAUCCAGUAUGUGCACAGUCUGGACGAGCUGGCAGAGAUGGUUCCCAUGGAGCACGUCCAGGUUCCAGAGUGUGUGGUGCAAUUUGACGAGGAGAGAAUUAAAGCACGAAGAGAGAGGUUGGAGCAAGAGCAGAGACAACAAGAACAGCAACAGCAGUCAAACCCACCACAACCAGCUAAAAAGUCUGACAGGCCAAAGUCAAUGAUUUCGGGAUAACUAUUCCCUGAAUGACUCUCUCCUCAUACGUGCAUAAGUGUACAGCAAAGGUUUGGCACACGAGUCGUUCAUGUGAUACCUGCUGAAGGCCGACACAUCUGACAAACCCACCAAGACACCCUUAUUCGAGUAUACAGGACCUGAUGUCAUGUCUUCAUUUGGAGGUCAAAAUGUUCACUUUUGGGAACCUCAUCGUCCAUUUGUCUUUGAAGGUGAAAUGAUUAAAUAGCCAAGUACAAUAUCCCAAUGACAGUGUUUGAGCAUAUCUGGAGUUGUCCUGUCAAUCACAGACCAUGAGAGCAUAUGAGUCUAGCAGUACUUUAGCUUUAAAAUAUACUCAUGCUUCCUAACUGUAGUACCUUCACGUGUAAGAACUCUUUUCAAACACAUCAGAAAGCCUUUAUAUUUAUUUUUGCUUCAUAGAUGCUAUAUAAAGAGGCGUUUUUGGGGGUCGACUGUUGUCUUCUGAGACCUUGAAAUAAUGAUCAUGGUUUAUUUUUAUUAAGAUUAAUGAUUGUUUAUUGAUGUUUCAAUGUCUUCAGACCAUCAAUGCUCAAUGUCAGAUUGUUUAUAUUGGUAUUUCUUAGACCAUAUUGAAUUUGUGGAGGGAUAUUUCAGCUUCAGGGCUGUUUUGCAGCCAAUUGUAUGACAUGUAAGUUGCCAUUUAGACGUGCCUCCAUCUUCUCUGUGGUAGCACAGGUUUCAUUUGCACCUUGUUGCCUGGGUAGCAAUCUGUGUUAACUAGAAUAAUCAUAGCAUAAGAUUUACCACGCAUCAUAUGUGGUGUAGGAGACCAGCAAGACUAAAUAAUCAUGAAAUAUUAUUUCAUAAGGAUAUAUUUGCUUGCCUUGUUAUUUUUUCAAGUGGUAUUAAAACGUGGGUGUGUAUUUGUUUCUAUGUUUUACAUAGCAUGCUAAUUUGUUUUAUGUUUUUCUAUACCUGAAUGAGUAACAUAUUGUUUGCUUAUUCAUUUUCUUCUGUUGAACAAACAUAACAUAUUGGUUUUUAUUUUUGUACAAAAAGCCAUUGUGUUUCCUGCUUAUGGUUAUUUUACCCUGAAGCAUCUGUCUUGUCCUUUUAUUUGUACAACUGGUUACAUAGAAUCAGAACUGUUUACUUUUUA